UGCACGCGCGCAUCAACCAGACCUGCUCCCGCCCGCUGCCAGUCAACGCCCGCUGCUGCUCAUCCACUUCGUUCCCAAAUCCCAGCAAUCCACUUCCUCUCUCCAGCGUGCAGCAUACGCAUCAGCCAAACGAAAAAAUAUUGGCCGGAGCCUCCGCCUGCACUACCGGUCUCACUACCGCUCGGCGCAAUUCCCUUACAGUAUAGUUUAGAUCAUUUACCGGUACCAUGGCCGGUACCAUCACCGGUACUACCGCCCAACACAGUUUCGCUCAAUUUUGACUCCACUUUUUGCCCCAAAUUUUGAUAACUUUCCGGAGCCCGUUUGACUCCAAAUUUUAACAGCAUCCCCCAAAUACUCCACAUAGUCUACCCUUAAUUUUUAACGAUUUUUGGAGCCCAACUUUUGACCGCUCGUUUUGACCCAACUUUUCGGGCAUUGACUUAAUUUGCUCGGUUUCCGUUUUGGAGUGCAAGGAUUGUCUACCAAGCUUCCGCGUCUACAUCAACACCGCGGCGACACCUUCUGCACCCCGGAUUCCGGCACAACUUCGACACCGCCAUCGUCGACACCUUCGCAAGUUUGUGUGCUUGACACCGCCUAACGUCAAUAGGUAUAACUUGCCUCCCCUACCCCUUGUAGCCCCUUUCUUCCUUUGCGUACCUAUCCCAUUGAGAGUGGCUUUCCGAGCGUUGCGAAGCAUUGCACAAGUGUCACGACCAUGAGAGGGUGUGUGUGUGCGUUGUGUUGAGCAAAGCUCCGAAGCAAGCUCGGUGUGAAAGAUACACAAAAGAAGAAAAGUGUGACAUAUACAUAGAGAAAAAUAAAGCUUCUAAGCAUAAAAAAAAAAGAAAAGAGUGUGUGUCCACCGAUACCGAGAAGUGCAAAGCUUGUGAGCACUAAGAGAGAUAAGAGAAGAGUGGCCCUUGUGCAAAUCUUGUUGCUUCUAUCUUGUGCAACCAAGCUACGAUCUCUCUUGUGUUGGCGUGACACCGAGCAUAUAGUCUUCGUUAGGACCAUCUUUACCGCUUGCUCACUUCCUUGGUCGUGCUAACCCCAUUGAUCUUCUCGUGUGUGUUUCCGUGUUUUCUUGACAUAGAUCACCACUCUUGACAUUUGACUUUGGAUCUUACCCACAUUUGACAAUAGACUUUUCCGUUGAUCUUUUUCGUUUGCUAUCCACCCCUUACCCACCACAUAUAGUGUUUCUUAGCCUUUUGCGUGUGCUUUGAGUGUGUGUGUGAGUAACCCCGAUACAUUUCGACUUUGCUCUUGACUUGAACCAUUUUUCCGAUACUUUCUUGAAAGGUGAGAUACUUGUGUAGAUUUCCUUCCACCACAUACAUAUACACCUUCGUAGUGAGAUACACAUGAUGACCCCACAAGAGCAAGCCGAGAUGAUAGCAUACUUCGCCGAGCUAGAUGCUCGAGAAGCCAAAAUGACACCCAAAGAUAAAGCCGAGUGCAACGCAUACUUCAAACACCUUGAGAGCAGGAGUGAUACACCCCAUGAGUCGAGUGAGGAUGUUUCGAUUUCUAACAACUUAACCUCUACUCCUCUUGUGUUGUCUUCCUCUUUGCUAGGUUGCUCGGACAUCGACGACGCCAUUGACAUGGAGAUGAGGGACUCCACUAUAUGUGAGAUGAGCGACUCAACUAUAUGUGAGAUGAGUGACUCCACUAUAUGUGAGCUUGAUGAGUGCCUCCACUUCAAGAGCAUGAGUGAUACACCGAGUGAGAUGAGAGUGGUAGUUGAUAGGUCAUGUGAGGCCAUUUCGAAUUCUAACAACUUACCCUCUACCUCUAGUGUGUUUCCUUGUGUCUUAUUAGGUCCCAUGGAUGACGAGACGCCGAUCAUGGAGAAGAUGUAUAUGGUGCAUGAAGAUGAUGAUAUCACACCAUGCUUGUUGCUUGAAGAUGAACAUGGAGGCCACAUCGAGCCUACCACUUCCACAACACCUACCUCAUAUGAGCGGGACUACAAAGGUACCCAAAAUCCAAUGUCAACCUCGAUUGAGCACGAGUUGACAAAAAGAGCUCUUGAGAGCAUGAUACAAGUGAGCUCCAAUGAGUGGUUUCGCCCACACACUUCGACUACACAAGAUCUCUCAAUGAGAGCACAACGACACUUCGAUAAGGUGACCUCCUUCAACUUGCGCUCUCUUGCUAUACCCAUGGAACUUCGGCUACUCUUUGAGUGUUGCGUUGCUUGUCUUGUGCUAUUGAUAGGGUUCAUGAUAAGUGAUGCCACAUUCAAGAGUUGUUGUCAUCUCCCACCUCUACCCGUUCAUGAUGAGUUAUCGUCGAGGGCGACUCUUUUUCAAGUGGGGGGAGAUGAUGUAGCCCGACCUUAGGUCUUCGCCACAUCAUAUGCAUCGACGCCGACAUGUCACGCAAAGGUGAAUCUUCUCCUUUAUGCGUGCGUACAAUUACCUAUGUGGAAUGGUAUGCUACUUCAUCCUCCGUCAUAUGACCAUGACAGGAAUACAUCGCCAAGUACGGAGGAAGUGGAGGAUGCCAUGGAUUCUCGAGGACUCAAGGCCGAGGUCGUGGAAGCAUGGAAGAAGCUCCAGGCGCAGCUACACCGGAGUCACCGGCAUCGCCAACUCACAACGGAGUCUCCGGCCCAUGAAGAUCAAGACCGGAGUCUCCGGCCUACAUACACGAGAGUCUCCGGACUAUGUGAAGCGCUAGCCACAAGUCAAUUAGGGCCAAGGCCCAUGUACCCCCUUCUAUGCCUAAACUACCCCUCCUUAGUGGCUCCCUA